AUGUCGGUCGCGAGCAGGGCAGCGGCGCAGACCCGCCGCGGGGUGGCGCAGCUGCUGGCGCCGCAAGUCCGGUCGAUUUCCUCCAACGCUGGAUCGCGGGCCGCGCAGCCGGCGCCGGCGGGCUCGGACUCGCAGGACGCCUCGCCGCGCUGGCUGCGCGAGCUGGGCGCCAUUCGCACCGACUGGACGCGCUCCGAGGUCCAGGAGGUGUACGACACGCCUCUGUUCGACCUCAUCCACAAGGCCGCGUCGGUCCACCGCAUGCACAACGACCCCUCGAUGGUCCAGCGGUGCACCCUGCUCUCCAUCAAGACGGGCGGCUGCCCCGAGAACUGCUCCUACUGCUCGCAGUCCUCGCACCACAAGGAGGCGGACGUGAAGGCGACGAAGCUGAUGGACCUGGACUCGGUGUACGAGGCGGCGGUGCGGGCGCGCGACGCGGGGUCGACGCGGUUCUGCAUGGGCGCGGCGUGGCGCGGGCCGUCGCAGAUUGGUGCGGAGCACAACUCGAAGCAGUGGCAGCGCGUGCUGGAGAUGGUGACGAAGAUCCGCGGGCUGGGCAUGGAGGUGUGCACGACGCUGGGGAUGCUGACGGCGGAGCAGGCGCAGCAGCUGCGCGAGGCCGGGCUGACGGCGUACAACCACAACCUGGACACCUCCCCGGAGUACUACGCGAAGAUCACGUCGACGCGCAAGUACGAGGACCGCCUCGAGACGCUCUCGAACGUGCGGUCCGCGGGCAUCUCGGUGUGCGCGGGCGGCAUCAUCGGCCUCGGCGAGAAGGACAACGACCGCGUGGGGCUGCUGCACCAGCUCGCGACGCUGCCGGAGCACCCGGAGAGCGUGCCGAUCAACUCGCUCGUGGCGAUCAAGGGCACGCCGCUCGAGAACCAGCGCCCGCCCACCGCCUUCGACCUCGUCCGCUGCAUUGCCACCGCGCGCGUGGUCAUGCCGCGCACCGUCGUGCGCCUCAGCGCCGGCCGCGUGAGCCUCUCCAAGGGCGACCAGGCCCUCUGCUUCCUCGCGGGCGCCAACUCCAUCUUCGACGGCGACAAGCUCCUCACCACGGAGAACAACGACCGCAACGAGGACCUCGAGCUCUUCGACGAACUCGGACUCACCUCGCGGCCCGCCUUCCUGCCCUACGCGAGCGGGGCCGCCACCUCCGACGGCUCCGACGGCGGGUGGAGCGCCGACGGCGGCGCGCAGGCCGCGUGA